AUGGAAAUCAAACACAAGGACGAGGAUCCACGGACAUCACACAACAGGAGUCUUACAGGAAAUGGAAGGUAUUCACAAAGUCAGCCUUCUCAGUGGGAUUCAAUCUCCAAAGGUAAGAACUACGGAGAGGAUAACACCAGAAAAAUUCCGCAAAUGCUGGAAGGUCAGCCCUCCAAGUUGAUUUUAACUCCAAGUAAGAAAUACGAGCAGCAUAACAAAAGGAUAGUUUUGCAAGAGUUGAAAGGAACAACUGUACACUCAAAACUUAAAACUGGAAGAAUGGGAGCAACUCGAAAAUUGAUCACAAAGGCACCUCCAACCACGACAACUGAUGACGGACUAAGAAAUUUACCUGAAUGUCAACACUGUCGAGAGCCACCGCGAUCCAAUGUCAGCAUGUGUAAGCCGAAAGAAUGCGUACCCAUUGAAGCGAUAAUAAGAAUUGUGAAUGAGUGCUCAGUUGCUGAGCUAAGCUGCCCAGAGGGUGCUAGUUGUAUUGGCAUUGAGGAUAACAAUGGUGAAAUAAGAGAGCACGAUCUGGAAGAAGUCGAACUCGCCAUAUGUGUUAAUGGUGCAUGGCAAGCCGAGACGGUCUCUGGAAAACAGCCUGUAAAUAAUAUUGCCUGCUACACUUGA